UUUUGUGCCUGUGUCCUUUCUGUGAGGAAGUGGUCCAAACUGGUUUUUCUUUUUCACACACUGUGUGAUUGGAUAACAGGCAGAUCACCAGGGAUUUUCAAGAAUGGAACAUGGAAACAAGGGGAUAGCCCAGAGUACCACAGAAGAAACAAAUAACAGCAAGAAAGAACAAUCCCCUGAGCAAGCAGUUACACAACAGGAGAUGUUACUAAUCUUAUCAAUGCCACAGAUUACUGGCAUGAGGAUACCAACAGGGAGUAUCAAGAGAGAGUCCCAAUUACAUGCAGAGGACAAAUGUCCUCCUUUCUCUUUGGAGAUUGGAUUGAUGACUGGAUCACAGAGUGAUAGAGAGAUAGGGAGUGGUGACAACAUGAAAGGAAGCUCAAGUCUCAGCUCAAGCCAGGAAUCAAAUCCUCAGUUAUCUAUAUCUGAAUUAAAUAGAACUCAGGACCUCAAAGAAGAAGCCCAGAAGAGCAAGGAGGAAGAAAUCUCUAUCCAAACAGAAUCACGCUUAGAAUUGUCAUUGUUCCUACCAAUGCAUACAAUUAUUGGGAAGAUGACAUCAAGAGGGAUUGUGAGGGCAGUUCCAUACUCCAAAUGUAUGCUUUUUCCUGUGAUUCCUGGAUGUUCUUCUGGGCUACAAAGUGACACAGAAAAAGGGAGUGGUGAUACACUUCAGACUGCAGCAAGCUCUCUUGAUAAUACAACAAAAAGCAAAGAAAAUGAUAACAUCGAAGAGGGGGAAAAAACCCUCUCUGAAGAAUCAGUGAUACUGACUUUUGACCCAGUGACUGAAAUAGAACCUAAGAAGGAAAUCGAGACUUGUGCUACUCAAACAGAGGAAGUAUCUACUCCACUAGUUUUUCAUAAAGCAGUACAGAUCCCUGAAGAGGCCACUCUGAAAUCCCAAGACCCAAGAAAUGAAUUACAAAGCCUAGAUCCCUUUUGGUCUAUUCCAAACUUGAGUGGUCUGAUAGAGAAGAAAGAAAAGCAAAGGCAGGAAGAGAAAAAACAAGUCAAACUGGAAAAAAAGGAAAAGAAGAAAUUGGAGAAGAUGGAAAAAAUCAAGGAAAAGGAAAAUGAAAAGAAACAGAAUGAAGGACAAGGGAAAAAAGAAAGAGAGAAGGAAGAGAGAGCAAAGAAUGGAAGAGUAAUGGGAGAGAAAAAUACAAGAAAGGAUGGAAAGUCAAAGGAAAAAGAAGAGAAAGCAAGGAAAGAAAGAGUGCAGGAAAAAGAAAGUUUAAAGAAAGAAAAGCACAAAGAAGAGAAAGAAAAGAUGAAAGAAAAAAGCAAAGAUGAAAAAGAAGAGAAAAAGAAAAAUAUAGAAAACUCAGAAGAAGAAAGAGAAGACAAGAAGAAGAUGAUUGAAGCAGAGAGACUGACUUUGCAAAAGCGACUCCAGCUGAAGGGAAGAAUGAAAGGGAUGAAGGAUAGUGAGUUGUGGUGGCCCAAGGAGAAAAAGCUGAUUGGAAAGAUAGCUAUUCAGAAUUUUAUACAACUCUUGCCAAGUUCCUCUACCACACUCAAGAGCCCAGACAUAGAGGACCAUGUCAACAGGCCAAAGAAGAGACACAUGGACCUUCAGGAACAUCUGGAUCAGAAAUUUGUGGGGCAGAAGGGGAAAACAAAUAGAAAGGAAAGAAAAUCCAAGGGAAGAGGUAAUGUCAGCAUUUCAGAAGAGGAAGACCAAACUGAGAAGAACAAAAUUAAAAGAAUGGACAAGAAACAGAAAUUAGGGACUGUCAAAGUUCUAAGAAGGAGAAGUAUUUGUUUCCAAAAAAUGACACUUGGAGAUCUGCACCCACUCUAUACCCCACGCCCCUACAGAAUCUAUGUGUUUACACUUGAAGGCACCCAUACAGAGACAACCACCAUCAGUAAUGGAGAUAGACAGUACAGUCUUGACCCAGAGGAGAGAGAGAAAGUCACUCUUGAAGGGAGACUGAUGACACAGCUUGUGCAAAAGGGCAAGAAAACUGCAAUACAGGAGACAUUCCCAAAAGUCAAAGAAAUGUCUCUGAAUGUUCCUAAUCGUUUCCAUGGAUGUUGGAUGAUCUGUCAAGAAGGAAAGAACCUGAAUACAUUCAAAAAGCUACAGGCCACAUAUCAACAGCAGCUCCUAAAGCAGAGAGAACUGACACCUGAUGCAGAGAAUACUGACUCUAAGAUCUGGAAAGAGUCAAUCAAGACAACAAGCUUAAUUUCAAAUGAGGAGGUCAUUGGAGCAGCAAGUAAAAAUCUUUCUCCUGAUGAGAAGAGGAGAAAUUUGUCAGCACAUGAUUUGGUGAGAUUCGGUUCCAGGACCCUAGUGGGGGCUAGGAUAGCAAGGGAGGAAGACAUGGGAGCAGUUCGAGCCAAGAAAGAAAAAGAGAAUAAAGCUAUUAUUUUAACACACAACUUGGUGAGAUUCAGCUCAAGAACCAUAGUAGGAGCCAUAAAGGCAUCAGCUGUCACUGAAUGGGAAAAGGUAUCUGAAACCCAAGAUGAGAAGAAGAAUAUUUCUCCCUUCAUGAACCUGAAGAAAAGUUGGAAUCAUGUAUCCAAUGGACAUGAAUCUGAUGACCCUCUGGUGGAGGUGCUCAUAGGUUUUUCCCUUGGGAAUUCCCUUAGGGAUUCUCUUGGGAUAUGAAAGUAAACUCAGAUUCUAAAGAGAAGAAUAAACUUCCAAUACACAACAGUCCUAACAUGGGGGAAAAGAUCUCAGUUAUAAAUAUAGCUAUGAAUAAAUGUUGUGUAUGUGAUUAUU